CUGUGAAUUAAGGUAAUAUCGAGGCAUAUGCACAGUAUGCACAUAUGCCAAUAACAGACUGAUCAAUUAGUUUUAAACCUCAAUGGGAACAUACAAGCAAAACAAUACCAAGUGAAUUACCAUAAAAAUGGUCGGUAAAUAUAUCGCAUGUAUGUGUGAUUCUAAAGAUAGAUUCCCACAAGAAGAGACAAUAAAUGAAGGAUCAUUGAAAACAAGAAAAAAAGCAGGAAAAAUGUUUCUUUCUGGUUUACCACUCGUCAACCGUGUGAAUUCAUAAAGUUAUAUAGGAUCUAACCAUGAUUAUUUAGAUCUUUAUUUGAGUAAAAUCUUUUCAGAUCACUCAACCAGAAUUAUAUCAUUUGUCUUUCCAAGUGUUGUUAGUUUUUCAUCAGGGACGAUCAUUUAAUGUCGGCAAAUAUAUCAUUACUGACAUACAUAGUUAAUUUCAUAGACUAUGGUUUCUCACUAAAACUUUUAAAAAUUCAUUUUGGUAUUUGUCAGUAGUGAAUAUAGAGUUACUAUCUACUUGAACGUUUACACUUUUAUACUAGCUUUUAGAUAUUUGUCUUCAAUGCCCAUCCCUAUUUUUACUCUGAAUAAGUGAUUUAUUCAAUAAUUUAUUGAAUAUAGCUAAGUAAUAAUGAUGAUCUUCUGAAGAAUAAAUUCACAUAUGAUUAAUAAAGCAAAAAUGUGGUUAAUGAAGAUUCUUCUUUCAUAACCUUACCAGGAUUACAGAUCUGAAUUGUUGAGUAUGUCUAAUUGGUUUGCAUACGAGUAAAUAUUGUCUUAACAUAAUUCAUUAUUGCUAGCUGUUCUAUUUAAUUCCUUUAAUAUUUACUUACGCCUGUUACUCCGAAUAGAGUAUAGACCGCCGAUCAGUAUUCUCCAACCCACUCUGUUCUAAGAUUUUCUUUCUAGUUCUAUCCAAUUGUUGUUCAUUUUACUCAUAUCUAUCUUCAUUUUCCGGCGUAAUGUGGUCUUUAGUCCUACUCUUUUCCUUUGGCCUUCAUGAUUCCAUGUGAGGGCUUGUCUUGUGAUGCAGUUGUGUGCUUCCCUCAGUGUGUGUCCUAUCCACUUCCAGCGACUCUUCCAGAUUUCUUCCUCAGCCGGAAUCUGGUUUGUUCUUUCCCAUAGUAGGUUGCUGCUGAUAGUGUCUGGCGAACGGACCCGAAAUAUUUUGUGUAGACAACUGUUAAUAAACACCUGUAUUUUCUGGAUGAUGGCUUUCGUAGUUCUCCAAGUUUCCGCCCCAUACAGAAGAACUGUCUUGACAUUUGUAUUGAAAAUUCCGACUUUGAUGUUGGCAGUUGACAGUUGUUUUGAGUUACAGAUGUUCUUCAGUUAUAGAGAUGCUGCUCUUGCUUUGCCGACCCGCCCCUUCACAUCUGCAUCAGAUCCAUCGUGUUCAUCAGUGAUACUGCCCAAAUAUGUAAAGGUCUUUACAUCUUCCAAAUCUCCGUCAAGUAAGAAUUGGUUGGUACAUGUUUUGUUGUAUCGAAGAAUCAUGCUUUUCCCUUUGUGUGUGUUGAGACCUACUGCUGCUGAGGCUGCUGCUACACUGGUCGUCUUCUCCUGCAUUUGUUGUUACGUGUGUGAUAAGAAAAGCCCGAUCAUUUGCGAAGUCUAGAUCAUCCUGCUACAUCCUAUCUGUCCACUAUAUCUCAUGCUUCCCCCAGAUGAUGACGUAUUCAUGAUCCAAUCGAUCACCGGGAGAAAGAGAAAGGGUGAGAGUAAGCGACCUUGCCUGACACCGGUCUUUACCACGAACGAGUCUGUCAGCUGUCCUCUAUGCACGAUUUUGCAGUUUAAUCCAUCAUAAUUCUUUUAAUAAGCUUACAUUAAUUGUCUAUUUUGCUUAAUAUGAAAAUGAGUACAGAUAUAAACUGUACACAGAGUGUUUAAUGCUAAAAUCAUGGAUCUUACAAAUUGUGAAAAUCUAUUUAUUUUUCAAAUUCAUUUGAUUUCUUGUCACAAACAGUUUACAAUCUCUAAAAUGGGCAUGAAAACUACCUCUAAAGCAAUAGAUACAAAAUUAUUUGUUAUUAACAAAGGUACUAAAGAUCUAUAUAAUAUGGUACCAAAAUAUUCAUGCUUCAAGGUUUGAUGAAGUUCAGUCUUACACUAAAAAGUUUAUAUCAAAACUAAUUUCAACGUAUUCCAUGUAAUUCAUACAAUCAAACGAAAAGCGUUGAAUUCACUCAUUUUCCACAAUAUAAGUCAACCUAGCUUGAUAUUAUUUAGUUGAGUUUUGUUCUGAAGGUUAAUUUAAUAUGAAGAAAUAAUAUCUACUAAAGAAGCUUGAAAUACGGUAAAACAGUGGAUUAGUGAGCCGUUCUAGUAAAGUGUAUAUUCAUGAUUUUAUAAAUGGCCUAAUUAAGAAUUCCAGGUCUCAUGUCUAGCAAGAUUCAAUAAUCCCCAUUUUUUAAUCAUUUCCGAGAUAAAAUGUGUAUACCAAGGAAAGUGUAUUGGAAUCAAACUCAUCUACACGGAAUACACAUUUAAACAACAAUCGCAGAAGUUGGUGUGGACUAUUGGUCUACUAACUAUAAAAUCCAGAGGCUCAAAGUUCGACUUUUCAUAAGGUUUUUGUUGUGGAAAUAUUAAAGUAAAGAGUAUAAGGAUGGCUUCAACGGAAAACGAUAUUUAUAUAAUAUGAAUUCAUUAAGAAUUCAGGAAAUAGCUACUAUCUUUGAAAUAUAUAAUGUUUAUAAAACUCCUCCUUAAAGAAGAGUACUUGGGCCAUCAAAAUAAAAGUCAUCUAGGAGUUACUACUGAACCACAGUUUCCAGCUUAUAAUUUAGUCAACACAUGCAGCUCUAAAAACUCACUGAUAGAAUUUAUUUUCAACUAGAAUUCUUCCUAAAUUUCUUCCAUGUAUACAAAUUUAGUUAUAUACCUUACUAAAACAAAGUGGGUUCCAUCUAAGAGGAAUCUUUUAACAGCCAGUUACAAACUCUUGAACGUUUUGUUGUAAUAUAGACUGAUAUGUUGUUGGUAAGCAUAGUUUAUCAAACCCAUUUACAGGUUUUCGAAAGAAUCAUAAACCGAAUAACAUCAGUUUAUCAACACCAAGCUUAUGCUUGUAGAAAAAGCAAAGUAGUUUUAGAGAUUAAACUACCUUAUAUGUAAGGUAAUGAUCUAAUUCGAAGGAGAACCUAGUAGACGUAAUAAACUGGAAAUGACCGACCUUCUAGAAGCUGGCUAGGUUCUCUACGUAUCAGCUAAUUAGAUUCAAAAAUGUAAUGCUAGAACAGUAGGAAAUGUUUCCUUAAGAAUAUAUAUUUCUUAUCCAGUCAUUUAAUUGUUUUAAAUUAAAUAUAUUUUUUGAAACUAAAUUUCAUUACAGUAUUAUUAGAUCGUCACUAAGUUUCAGAUAGAAGUUUGUGCUGAUGAUGUCGUUCAGAAGAACGAUGAAAGCUCCAUGACCAAACCAUCCAGCUCAGAGAACAAAACUCCACCAAAAAGAAGUUAACCUUAAUUUUGAUGUUAACUGCAACAUAGGCUACCGUCGGUUAUUUAAAAUUAUAAUAAAUAAUGAAUAUCUCAAGUUACACUCUCCUAAUGUAUGGAUUUAUAUGUCAAUCUGAUAGUUCACAUUUUGAAGUUUUGCACCAAAAGUUAAAUAAGUCGUUUACCGCAUGUCGAAGCAUUUAAUUUCAAUUUAAAAUAAUGAAAAAAACAUAGAUACAAGGUAUCAGUUCCUAGUACUUUAAUCACACACUAUUUCUUCCCAUACAAUGAUAAUAGAUGCCUAUCUAACCAAUUGACUAUGAUAACAGUGGCCCAUAUGAAUAUUUGGACAACUUACUUUCUAACUGUGCAAACAAUACAAUUAACCUACCUAUUUUAGAUUUGUAUGAGAAGGAGUUUCGUGGAUAUUAUAGUAAUUUUAAUUGUCGAGAUCAUGAGUUAAUGAAAGCUAAACCACCAUGGAAAACUUGAAAGCACUGGAUGGCUGUUUUAUCCUAUUGUGGGACUCCUCAGCAAUGCCUAUCCACCAUUCCGCCUCGCGAGAUUUGAACCCAGGAACUAUUGGUCUCGCGCGCGAACACUUAACCUGCAGACCACUGAGCCGGUAUCUAACGGUGUUAAUACCUACCUUCAACUAACUCACGAAAUUGAGGAAUCUCACAAGAAGACGAAAUGGCCGUACAAUGCUCCCACGUUUUCCAUGAUGGUUUAGCUUCAAUCGGCUCAUGAUCUCAACUGUUAAAAUUAUUUUAGAUUUAUUUGAACAAAUAAACUUUG